AUGCAAUUUGACUUGGAAGAGGGAGUGAAGUAUCUCAAAGAUGUUCGACGAAUUAACGACAAUGUGUUACCAAUUUUGUAUGGCGACUUGUUUUAUAGUAAAGUGAAACGGAGUGAGCCAAUUGUAAUCAAGAUUUCAUAUGGAGACAAAUGUGUUGGCGGACUUCUUGCAUUCAAAGACAACACCAAUUACAUAAUAGCAACAUUAUGCGUUUACACAAAGUAUCAAGGGAUGAAAUGUGGGACUCUUUUACUCAACAGAUUCAUAGAGAUAAUUAAGACCAAAGACAUUAAAGUAGUUCAAGUGCAAGUUCAAACUACUAAUGAAACUGCUUUGACUCUUUAUAUGAAGCAUGGCUUUAUCCAAAUCAAAGAAGUGCCCAAAGCAUAUCCUUCACUCAAAUGCUCUUCUGCAUAUCUUCUUCAACUCAAUCUAUAA